AUGACUGCUUUCGGCUUUACCAAACUUCAGGACUCGACAUAUAGAAGUCUCACAACCUCACUCAGUCCGGAUAUUGUUGUCGGUCUCGGAGAUAUUCCGUAUGGAUAUUACAAAGUCAGCUACAAGAAAAUCGACAGAAUCACAGAUCGCACUGCAAAAUGGAUGCAAGCACACGUGGACGAACGAACCAGGGCUAAGAAAGAGCACGGAGCAGAACUACCGCUGCUGUAUGCACCACUACUGCCUAUCUCCGCUGACUCGCAGAGAUAUUACAUUGACCAUCUGGAAGACAUGGUGCAAGAUAUACACGGACUGGCUAUUUACAACACAAUCACCCUGGGCGACUUGCCGGAACAGCUGAAGACUCUGCCGCGUCUUGGUCUGACCGAACCCAACAACCCACGUGCAGUACUGCAAGACGUGUCUCGAGGCAUAGAUGUCUUGACUCUGCCUUUCCUAAGCGCCAUCACAGACUCCGGCGUAGCGUUGGACUUUCGAUUCCCUGUCUCUGGCCCCGUACCAGCGGAGCCUUUGCCGUUAGGCGUGGAUAUGUGGGAUACAAAGCACGCGACAGAUGUAUCGCCGUUGCGCAAAGACUGCCCUUGCUACGCAUGCACGAAUCACCAUCGCGCAUUCCUGCAGCAUCUCUUGUCAGCAAAGGAAAUGCUGGCUUGGGUAUUGUUGCAAAUCCACAACCAUCAGAUCAUGGAUGAAUUUUUUGCUGGUAUACGCGAGAGCAUUGGUCGUGGCACUUUGGAUCAGGAUAUUGCGGACUUUGAACGAUUCUAUGAGCCAGAAUUGCCAAAAUCAACAGGCCGUGGCCCUAGGUAG